AUGGAAUAUGAAAUUCGAUUUUCAAACCACAAUUCUACAUUGACAGAUGCAUGCUCCGAUGAUGAUGAUGAUGAUGACUCGACGGAACCAGAAAGAGAAGGGGAUGUUACUCAUAAAAAAUACCAUACAAAACAGCGUGCCAAUCGUAGCCGUCGUCAUAAUGACUGUGACGAUGAUGACGGAGAAGAUGAAGAUCCUUUGUUGGAAUUAAAUUCAAGCAAUUUACUUAUUGAAGAAAACAAUAAUAGCAGUGGUAAAAGUAUUAAUACAAGUUGUAAUGAAAACAGUAAUCCACUGGAAUCUCCCACUGGAUCAAUUUACAAGUCAUCCAGUCGUUUAUCUCGUAAUUUAUGCUUAAGACCACGUGCAAAUAACUGUUUAAAUGAUGAAAAUUCUGUCAAUUCAACACCAAAUCCACGUACACCACCGUCUGUAGUUAGACGAAAAAAAUUUAUAUACAAUGCUGCAUUAAAGCAAGCUGCUCGUGGUUAUCUUAAAAGACAUGAAAAAUUCUCUGAACUUCUGGGUAGAACACGACGUCCAGAUUAUUAUAAACCAAUAAAGGUAUGUAUUAUAAAAAUAUUAUUAUUAGCAAAUCAUAAAAUAUAUCCAGUGUUAUGUUGACCAAUUAAAGUGACGCACAAAAUCAUCAGAACUGCAAUCCCAUAAAAUGUUAUUUAUUCCGAUUGAAAGUUAAUGUAUAGGUUAUCAAAACCAGUUAACUAAUUUAUAGAUCGACAUCCUUCCAAAAAUGACAGCUCCUAUUGUAAAAUCAACUGAAAAAUAAUAAAUCCCAAGAUAUUUCAAAGGAACAAACAUUGUAUAAUUAGUAUGAAAACGAAAAAAAUAACACGAAAUAUGUCAAUAACUUAUAAGUUGGAAUACAACAUUGAUCAAUAAGAAUCUCACUGACUCUCAUAAACUUCCUAGGUCAUUUUAUUCAGUUAUAGCGUAACUCAAAUACAUUUCUCCAUGUGGUAUCAAUAUUUCAUGGAGAUAGUUGUUAAUGCUUAGCGUUUUUUUCUGAUUAAGAGCAUUUUCUUCAUGGCCGGAGUAUAACAGAAACCCCCCCCUUAAAGUUAGUCGUUGUUGUCCAACCUGCGUCCAAUGUGUUUCACUGAUCUGGCUCUUCUAUCGCACACGCAACAACAAAUGCAGGAGACGACCAGUGUAACAGCAGCCUCAGCAGCAGUAGGUCUCAACAUACACAAAGGGAAAAGCAAGAUUUUCCGAUACAACACAACAUGCACCAGUCAAAUCACAGUUGAUGGAGAAGCUUUGGAAGAUGUAAAAACCUUUACAUAUUUGGGCAGCAUCAUUGAUGAACACGGCGGAUCUGAUGCAGAUGUGAAGGCACGGAUCGGCAAAGCAUGAGCAACAUAUCUACAAGUGAAGAACAUUUGGAACUCAAAAAACUGUCAACUAACACCAAAAUCAGAAUUUUCAAUACAAAUGUCAAAACAGUUUUAUUGUAUGGUUCGGAGACUUGGAGAACUACGUAAGUCAUCAUCCAGAAGAUACAAGUGUUUAUUAACAGCUGUCUACGCAAAAUACUUCGGAUCCGUUAGCCAGACACUAUCAGCAACAACCUACUGUGGGAGAGAAUAAACCAGAUCCAAGCGGAGGGAGAAAUCAGGAAGAAGCGCUGGAAGUGGAUAGGACACACAUUGAGGAAAGCACCGAACUGCGUCACAAGACAAGCCCUCACUUGGAAUCCUCAAGGUCGAAGGAGGAGAGGAAGACCAAAGAACACAUUACACCGAGAAAUGGAGACAGACAUGAGAAGAGUGAACAACAAUUGAAUAGAACUAGAAAGGAAGGCCCAGGACAGAGUGGGAUGGAGAAUGCUGGUCGGC